GUUCUGGAUGACCAUGUCGUGAUGGAUGGUUCUUUGCCAACGACACCAAGAUGAUAUAAGGCUAUGAUGUCCGGCUUCCUCCUCCAGUGUCAUUUCCUCUUCAUCGGGUCAUCUCCUCUCUCUCCCUUUCCCUUCUUUCCAACGACCAUCAGUGUCAUUGCCAUUCGCUAUUUCGACUUUACCCUCUUCUUCUAAUUCAACACACUCGCUUUUGUCGAUAUACAGCUAUCAUCAUGCACAUCACAUCCGUCCUCGCCACCUCCCUGGCCCUGGUCUCCCUCCCAGGAACCAUGGGCUACCCAGGCAUGGGCGAGCAAAUGGCCGAAAUCAUGUCCCGCAAAACCGACGCCGGCGACUCCACCGAGCUCCUCGGCGACCUCGUCACCCUCAAGGACAAGGACCUCACCCCCGUCGGCAAGGACAUCAAGAAGAUGCUCCAGGGCAAAGGCGACCCGGAAUCUAACGACCGCUACAGCAAGGUCCCCGAUCUCACCUCGGACAAGUGCAAGAAGGAUACCUGCUGCGUCUGGCGCUACGUUGCCGACGACAUGUACCAGUUCAUGGCCGGUAAGUCGGGCCGCUGCACGGGUCUGGCCCGCGCCGCUGUCCGUCUUGGAUUCCACGAUGCCGGGACGUGGUCCAAGGCUACAGCGUCCCAGGGCGGCGGUGCUGACGGCAGCAUUCUGCUUGCCCCCGGCGAGAUUGACCGUUUCGAGAACCGCGGUCUGCAGGAGAUUGCUGUCAAGUUCCAGGAGCUGUAUGGCAAGUACAAGUCUAUGGGCUGGGACAUUGGCAUGGGUGAUUUCAUCCAGAUGGGCGCCAACGUCGCAACAGUAGUCUGCCCCCUCGGCCCCCGCAUCAAGUCCUACGUCGGCCGCAAAGACAGCGCCAACGGUUCCCCCGGCGGUCUCCUCCCGAGCCCUUUCCAGCCGGCCGACCAGCUCAUCCAGCUCUUCCGCGACAAGACCAUCGGCCCGCACGGCCUCGUCGCCCUGCUCGGCGCGCACACCACCAGCCAGCAAAACUUUGUCAACACCACCCGCGCCGGCGACCCCCAGGACAGCACGCCAGGCGUCUGGGACGUGCUCUACUACAAGGAGACGCUCAGCUCCAACUCGCCGCCUCGCGUCUUCAAGUUCCCCAGUGACAUUGCAAUCUCCCAGCACCCCGAGACGGCCAAGGAGUUCAAGGAGUUUGCUGGCCCUGGCGGACAGAACCACUGGAACGAGGACUACGCUCGUGAAUACAUCCGCCUCUCCCUCCUGGGCGUCAACAACAUCAACCAGCUCACCGAGUGCACCAAGGUCCUGCCCCCUGCUGUGAACGGCUUUCGCGCCGUCGAUCAGUUCAAGCUCGACAAGUGGCUCAACAGCGUCGGCAACAAGGGUGCUGCUAAAAAGGUUGCUGAGGAUCUCCAGAAGGGCGAGCCCGCUUCUGUUGAGGUUCCCCCUGUCAACAACCGCAACUAAGUGUUUGUAAGUAAUGGCGUUGAUAUAGAUCGGGAUCGCGAGGUUACUAUGGGUGUUGUACAAUACCGGAUCCGGAGUUUUGGAAACAGAUCCCUAAGUGGCCGAUUGUACAAACCGAGUGUCGUCACAUGUAGUUGACGGCCUCACAUAUCAUAUAAUAAUUCAAUUACAACCGUAUUUACAGC